CUGACCCACGAUCCACUCACAAGCCAUUGCUCGAGAUUUGAGCUUGAACUCUUCUUGGCGGGACCCAAACAGUGCACGAAUUUCAGACGCAUUGCAUAAUCAAACCCCCAAAAAGGAAAAAGCCGUCGCCUUUCACCAAGUUCGAAUUAUUUUUCGCCUUUGGAGACGGCACAAAAGGCAAGAAAACGGAGGAGGAAAACUAGGCCACGCAUUGACAGGAUCUUCUCCCUUGUGUUCUUGCUGCUUUUCUGCUCCAUGUCCUGCUCUUGGAGAUGGCCAUGGCUCUGGCUCUGAGCUGUGGCAGGAGGCAGAGAGGGAAGAAAGGCGGCGGCGGCGGCGGCGACUGCGGCGGCCGCCAUUUCCAUGUCCACUACCAUCUUCCUCGCCGGGUCUGCGCCUCCUCGUUUGUUCCCAAUUUGCUGCCUCGUUUUUUCUCGCUGCUGUCAGCUUGCGUGCUGGUUCCUCCUGUGCUGUUCUUGGCUGUGCUUGCCUUCCUCGUCUUGUUUCUCUGGUUCACCUUGCUGUAUUUUAUUCGCUCCCUGUGGAACAAAGACAUCAACGGUGAGACCUUCGAGAGGAGUAGCAACGAUCAUGGCAGCGAUGCUGAUAAACGCCUUGGAGAAGGCGUUGCAGAAGAAGGAAAGGCAGAGAAGAAAACUCUGAAGAUUUCGUCUGAAGAUUGUGCUAGAAGGUUUGAGAUAGAAGAGGUACUACAUGUUAAUUCUGAUGAUUCUCAAAACUUGCCUAGUAUGGUGUCAUCUGAUGGUUGCCUGAACUGUAAGAUGCAUACUGAUGAUGAAAAACUCAUCAAAGAGGUGACUGUCUUUGAGAUAAAAAGAAGGGAAUCGGGAGCUGCUAUUGUCUGUUCUGAUGGUUUGUCACAAAAGCGUCAGCCACGAGAUAUGUCAGUUGAUUGGUUUGAGGAAGAAACUAAAAGUGGAGAUAUCAUCAAAUCAGGUGAUUCAUCUCCAACUGUACUGUCAACUUUUUCAUCUGAAUUUCAUGAUUUCUCUGACAACAAUGAAGUGGUAGGGUUGGCCACGGAUUUUCUUGAUGUAAACAAUCAAAAUAAAGCAGUAUUGCUAGAUAGUUCAUCUCAUCGUGGUAUCAUGGACAAUCAUUGCAAAUGUGGUGAGGAAUUUUCUUCUGAUAAGGAGGCUCCAGCUUACCAUUUAUUUGAAAAUUAUGAUUUUGUUGACAAGCAUGAAACAAAAGAGGUGGUACUUGGUGAUACAGUAGUCUUGACCUUUGUAGAUGAUUUAGCCAAUGAUGACUCUGAAUAUAGGGAGGAUAUUUCAGAACAAAAGGAUCCAAAUAAUUUAUCAGGAUUGCUUGAUAACGUUGCAGAUAUUUUUUACCAGCAGCAAGAAAUACAUAAGGUGGUUGUUUCUGACGACAACAAGCCACCUGAAGUUUUGUUCCUCAGUGGAAAGCAAACUGUCAGCAGUUCAGGUGAAUUUAGUUCUCCUAAUGAGAAUGGAACAUCAGGAUUUCCUUUUGAUUCUGUUUGUGAAGAUAAAAAUGGAACAGUGGCCUAUCCCAGCGUAGCAUCCCAUUAUAAUAUCGGUAUUGAAGAUGACAAAUGUGAGGAUCAUACUGACAACAACAUAGAGGAGGCAUCAAGUAUCGCAUCUACAAAUUGUGGUUCUGCUGAUAAGCAUCAGACUAUACAGGUGUUGCCUGUUUGUUUAGCAAAUGGAGAUAACAUUGAUGAUGUUGCUUCAUUGGGGAGUUCAAUUUGUGAAGACGUUGAAGAUAAAGACAACAAAAGUAAUGCUAAUUGUAUUUCAGAGGGAGCUCCACAUGGAAACGGAAUGCCACUUGUUAGGUCCCCAGCAUCAUGGUGGAAUUUAUGUGGAGUUAUUGAUGUGUUUGCUGGAUGUAAAGAUUGAAUUGAGAUGUUGGCAGGUCAUGGGUGGAACUUUGGGACAACAGAAAACUUUAGAUGCUCAUCCUAAUCCUGUGUUGACAAUGAAGAAGUAUUUGACAGUUUGGAUUGAGGUAUUGAAUUGUUUAUAGUGAGGCUGUUUGUUUUGUUGGAUGUAUAUAUUUUUUUGUUAGAUUGCCUGAUUAGUUUUUGACAUGUUGUGGUUCAUUGGCUUUUUCUUUAAAAGCUGAGUGCUAUUCUUUCUCAAGAAAGAAAGCUUCAACUUACUGUAAUUGAUUUUGAAAGGGAAAUGGAACUGGAAAUGCUUGUUGACUUGUUGUAUAGUGUAUACUAUAUGCUUUGAGAAA